GCCCCAUCGAUGGCUGGUGGCAGGCGGUUGAGGAGGAAGCGACAGAUCCUCCCAACGCGCAGUACUCCACCCUGACGACCUGGGAUAGCCUAGCCUGGACGCUCCUGGACACGUUGCUGUCAGGCGUGGGCUGGCUGGUGUUCGGCCAGAGCUGGGCCAGCGUACGGACUGGGUGCUCGAUGAUUCUGAGGAUCGCGCUGCUGAUGGUGGUUUGCGUGGGGCUCCACUAUUUCCUGUCGCUAGCCUGGCCGCUCUGCUCCUUGGUGAUCGGGACCAUCCUGACCGCUGUGUGGGUAAUCCGGACCCUGGUCAGGUGCUGCGGACGGGUUGCUUUCUACGCCCAGCGGAUGUCAGGGGGAGUCCCGGAGGUGACGGGAGCGACCUUCAUUGGACCGGACACCGGCGAGAUCCCGGAGACGGCCGACCUCCGCAAGAUGAAGAAGGGCACGAAUGAAGAGCGGUGGGUCCUCCUCAGGCAACUAGAGGUGACGCCCAACCUGUUGCUGGCCUUGAAGGGCUACGAGCGGGUGCAUCUAUGCAGGCACGACACGUGCCCGGAAGAGGGCCAGCAUUUCAAGAGCUAUGCCUUGGCCCGCCAACUCAACCCCGAGCGCUUCCACCUCAUGUCUACAGCGGCUGGGGCCCAGAAGACAGGGAUGAAGACGAUGGGAUGGCUCUUCCCCAAGGCCAACAAGACAGCCAAACGGUUGAAGGACUACGCAUCAGAGUCCGAGCGGGAGGAGACUGGUUCGUGCUGUGCUCACUUGGUCAAAUGGGAGGGUGAAGCAGGUCGAGUUUGCCUCAGUGAACACCCAUGCAAAGACCUUGCAACCACGGAUGUCGAGCUGCUCGAUGAGGACCGGAACUUCCAACUGACCAGCUGGCCGUUCUUUGCUCAGGUCAUGCGGUCGAGGGCUCGGGACCCACCUCCGGGAGAAGAAGAGGGUGACGAACGUGCCGAAGGAGAAGGGGAUGAACGCACGAGGCGCAGGGGGCGAGCCCGGGAGGUCGCCUAUCAGACCGAGGAGGCAGAGAACAUCCUCCGUGAAGUUCGUGAAGAGAAGGAGGAGGAGCCUCCAGCUCUCAGGAGAAGGAGGGUUGCAUCUCCUGGCCAUACUCCCAAGUCAUCGGUGCAGCAUAGCUUGGCCAGGAUGGGAAUGAUCAACUCGCCGGACCGCAGGGCGGACAUGACUUACCUCGAGGAGUUCAUGGAACAGAUGGCCGAUGGGAGAGAGCUACAGCUCAGUGAGGAGGAUAUAAGAAAGCAACUGGCGGCUCAAGCUGGUUUGACUGUGGGAGACCUCACCCGGUACUUGUACGAGCAGGCCAUGGAGGAGCAACGGAAGGGCACCAAAGGGCUCACGAAGUUCUUGGCGAAAUGGCGCCAGCAAGCGGCUGCUCGGGAGCGACCUUCGUCCCUCUCGGAAUGGAGCGUGGUCGAGAAGGAGCGGGACGGAGCAGCACCUACACCGUCGAGUAUGGCUUCGGGGGCCCAGUCUGUGGUGAGCUCAGGCCCAGUUGAAACCCCUCCGAAGAAGAGACUGGCCUCGGUUCCCCCUCCGGGCAUCUAUGAUCCAGACCGCAAGGCAGGAACUGGGCCGGAAGAACGUGGAGGCCAGUCGGAGAUGACCGACAUCGCGAAAGCGAUCCAACAGCAGACGAAUGAACUUGCAACAUUGGUCAAAGCCCAGCAGGAAACCACAACAGGGGCAGGAGGAUCAUUGAAGAGCCUCGGAAAGACCUCAGAAGAACUGGUAUUUUUGCUGCGUGGGUGCGGCCAGUACACUGUGCAGGUCGGCAAUGAAGAGUACGGAGCUCCCCUGGCGCAAGCACUUCUGGCGGCUCAGGCCGGCUCCUCAACAAAGCUUCGGAGUGCAGGCUUCAGACAGAAGGUUACUUCUCGGCUCGCCAUCGGGAUUGCCGGCCCAUACUGGGGGACGCAGGAGGAGUAUGCCCUAAGUGCUUCGGACUUCGUGCCCUGCACCGACGCGGAGCUGGACCAGUUCGCCAUCGAGAGUAGGACAGGGAAGCCGACAAAUGAGCAGAGGCCAACCGCACCCACUCGUUAUGAGGACUGGCUCAACAGAGUGAAGCGACAGAAUGACAUCUGGGCCCUCGUGUACGGCAUGGAGUGGAAGGCUGUGCGGGAGCACGCCAUCAACCUGUUGGGAGAGUGGCACGUCAGUGCGCCACACAAGUGGCCGCUGCAGGUCCUGCUCGACGUGUGGGAAGAACUCCACUGGCGAUUCCUCGAGGAGUUGAAGGAGGAGCUGAGGAAGAUCAAGCGGUUGUCGGGCAGGGAGUCCAUGACCUUGCAGGAUCUGAAGUUCUAUGCCCUCAUGCCAGACGAAGAAGGGCGACCUCCUUUGAAUCUUCCUCAAACGUUCGAUCUAAGACGCCCUGACGGUUGGUUCAUGUCAGAGGUGAUGCCCCGAAUUGAGAGGCGCCAGGAGAGGAUGCUCUGGAAGAUGACGUGGGAGGGUUCAGGUAAGAGUAGAGCCCAAGGACAACCAGCCGGUGGAGACGGAGGAUCUCGGGAGGAGAAGCCGACCUUGAAAACCCUGUUUGGGCCGAAGCUGACGGCUGAGGAGACGACCCGGGCCAAGGAUCGAGCACCGACGAACAAGGAGGGCAAGCUGCUGUGUUGGGGAUACCUGACCCACCUGGGCUGCUCUCAACAGGGCUGUCAACGAGCUCAUGAACCACUUCGCGGACCGUUUGAGGCUCUUGAUCCAGCGGUUCAACUCCAGAUGCUUCGGAGGGGAGGCCUGAGGAGGAUGAAGGCGGAGACGAAGGAGUCGGCCGUGGAGAAGAUCAAGGAGAUUCGAGCCGGGGUGGCCAAGGACAAGGCCGCCAAAGUGCAGGAUGGCAAAGAUCGUCGACGGGCAGGACAGGGAGAUCCAGCCAAAGAAGGGGAGGCCGAAGGUCCGGAGAAGGCAGGCGGCCAGGUCCACUGGGAAGCUCCGGAGGAGAUGGUGCAGGUGGACUACACCCACCAAGAAAAGGACUUUGCAGACUUGGUGGCGGGCCCUGAUGCAUCACUGUUCGAGCACGUGCCAAGGGAAGCCAAACCACAUGCAGGGCGAAAGGGCUCCACUGCCCCCUCGGAGGCGCAGGAUAUGGUGAGGAAGGCUCAAGCUUUGGCAUCGGGCCCAGUCCUGGGCAAGCUCCAAGGGGCGUCAGAUGACCUAUAUGCCUGGGCGUCGACAAGGGUGGCCAACGACCCGGAGAUCGCCUUCGACACGCUCAUGGAAGAGAUGGUCCAGUACGGCCUUGGGGAACUGGCCGCAGAGGCGGCAGCUUUGCUGGAGGCUUAUGGGCAGGGUCUGAAAGCAGGCCACCAAGCUCGUUGCCAGCUGGAAGACACACGAUGGGAAGGCGAGGGCCCAGGCAGGUCCUUGGCUCACAUCGAUGGCGUCCCGUGGGCCCUGUGGGACUUCGGAGAGAUGGUCCAUAUGACCGAGGAGCUGGCGGGUCUGCUGGGAGUAAUCGAGCCUGGAAAGGAGAAGAGGCAGUGUGUCACGAAGGUGUUGGCUGCCGGACUUCACCUGGCACAGCAUGGGAAGGUCCCCGCGAUGAAUGAGGUCGAAAGGGCAACGCAGGAAUUUCGGCUGGAGCAGGCGAGGCUGGCAGUGGAGGCCGAGGGCGUGAUGGGGCAUCCAGAGACUAAGGUCGCCCCAGUCGAGCACGAGUUGAGGAUGUAUGCCCACGACAUCCUGAAGCCCCACCACGACAAGGACUAUCGAGCGUUGGCCGUGUUCCCUUUAGCGGCGAUGGAAGAGAUACGCGUGGUUGUGGUGCGGGUGGACUACAAAGGCGACCUACUGAUUGAGACGGUGACGGGAAGCCAGUGGUCUAUCUCGGAUGUUUGGGUGAUGAUUUCGAAGGGACAUAUGACUUUGCUCCAGCCCCCUUCGCCAGACGAGGGAAGAGCGCUUUUGGAGAAGGAAGAGGUGUACAAUACCCCCUGUCUUGGGUUUCGGUAUUUCUGGCACCAGCGGCACGAUCAAGCCAAGACUGCUCCAGGGGUGAUCUCUUGUCGACAUUGUCGGAGCAGAAAGGGAGGGAGUGCCGAGGACACCGAGACUACAGGGUGCUUGAGGAAGACUACGUGUCUCCCCGCCCUCUCACAGGUCUUUGCGGGGGGGGGCCAAGUCAUUCGCGCCGUACAUGAAGCCGGAGGUCACAAGGGCCUGGUGUUGCAGGAGUACUUUGCUGGCCAUGGAGUCAUCACCAAGGGUUGGAGAGCUGCAAACCAGACGGCUCUGAAACCCAUCGAGCUCUACGAGCAACCACAUCAACAGCUCGGCCCUCGCCCGGAGCAUGACUUGUCCGAUCCUUUACGGCAAGAGUACUACCUCGACCGCCUCCGAGAUCGUGAGUCCAACGCGCAGUGGAUAGCCAGCCCGUGCACUACGUUUUGCGAUUGGUGCUUGCAGAAUGGAGGCACUCGCACCUUCCAGAACCCGGCGGGGAAACCAACCGCCAAGGAACAAGUCGGCAAUGUUUUGUCGGAGUAUGGAGCGAAAGUGUUUGAGACUUCGCUCCUUCAGGGCGGCUUCCACGUGGCCGAGAGCUCGGGCACUUCAGGGCGAUACCCGAAGCAAUGGCAUCUACCCCAAUGGCGCCGCCUCCUGCAACGACCGGACGUCGACUUCAUUGAGAUCGACAUGUGCGCCUUUGGGCUAGGGCCCCCGGAUAUGCCGGACCAUUUCUACCGCCACAGGACUGGACUGGCCUUCCCGCAUCAUCCACCUUUGCGCCAAGCCUUGCUCCGCCUGUGCCCUGGAGUCUCAGAUGGCCAUCAGCAUAUUGCACUCAAAGGUGACCUGCUUUUAGACCUCACGGGCUCAGUCGAGAAGGCGGCCAUCGCACUGUGGGUGGCCCGGGAGCACCUGGGCCGCAACAAUUUGCAAGGGGCAGAUAGUGAGGAGCUCAACGGGCUUUUGCACCCCGACCACCUUGCUUAUCUACGGGAAGUUCGUGCUCAAGGGAUGCCAGCUCGGUACCAAGGACAGCGGGAAAGGGUGACUACGCGCCCCCACCCGAGGGCCAGAGCGGACAUGGGCCAGGUGUACGUCCAGUUGAUGAAGGACAUCGCCAAGCACAGGGUCUUGGUAGCUUCAGCGAACCAUCCCGCUUUGAAACAUACAGUGUCCUCGCCCUUUGAGUUGGUUCCCAAGAUGCUUCCGAAUCGGUACCCAGGGGUCAAAGUCGUGUUGGCGAAGAAGGAUGUGGCUGGGGCAUUCCGACUACUUUGGGUUGACCCGAGGGACGCCGAGCUGUUCGCAGGAGAUGUUCCGUGGAGGCCGGAGUUGAUGGGGACUGGUGGAGAGGCUCCUGACCUUCAAGACCUGGGGAACCUUACGGUCAUCUAUUUGGUCUCAAGCUUUGGAUUCUCGGGGUCACCCGGCAAAUGGACGGCAUGGGGGCGGGCCACGGAGGAGGUGCACCGGAAUCUUCGUCCAGUUGAGAGCAGGAGGGACGGGGAGUUGCAUUUUUGUGGCAAGAUCCUCGUCGAUGACAUGGUGUUGGUUGAACCGGUCAUCGGGCUGAGACCGUGGGUGUCCAGUGAGGUGUAUGAGUGGGCAGUGACGCGGCUCUUGGGGGAGAAGGCCAUUAACAAGCUCAAGGAUGCGGAGGAAGGCUGCUACAGCAAUCAGCAGACCGUGUGGGGUCUGAUCAUCGACGCAGACACAGAAAGGAUGUCUUUGCCGGAA